AUGGCAUUCACGCCCAACCUCGAGCACCUCUCCGUCCUCCUCAGUCAUUCUCCCGAAGACCAGCCCACUUUUGAUGAUACCACACAUCAAAACACUCGUCGUUCCUUGGGCGCCCUCACCGGCUGUCCGCGCCUACGCACCCUCGCCAUCAUCUAUGGCGGGCCCGAGUCACGUCCCAUACGCUCCUGGUGUCGCAGGACCCUCACCGAUGCGCUCCCCGUCCUCCUCGCCGACCAAUUCUCCAGCACGCCCGCCCCUCAUCCCGCCCUCGAGACGCUCAAGCUCGAGACCACCUACUGGGCCGUUGACCUCAACCGUGCGUGGUCCUCCUCGGUGAUCGAUCGGCUCGCCGAGACGCUUUGCGACCGGGAGCACUACCCAGCGUUCCGGACUGACGAUGGAUUGCUCGAAGUGCCGCGCGAGGUGUCGAAGCGCAUCUUCGCGCCGUUUGCGACCCGGGGCACGGACGCGGCGGACGUCGAUGCGGAAGUCAUGUUCGGAGAACCUCCCCGAAACGGAGCGAUCGACAAAGAAGGCGAGGUGGCGGGAGGCUGGUGA